UGGGCGCGGGCAGGCGGCCGCCGGAGCGCUCGCAGUCGCGGGGAGCGCCGGGGCGGUCGGGCGGGAAGAGAAAGCAGGGCAGGCGAAGGGAAGAAAGGCGGGGGGAGGCGGCGGCGGCGCCGCGCUCGCCCCGCUGCCCUGGAUGACGGGCGGCCGGUUCGACUUCGACGAUGGCGGCACUUACUGCGGCGGCUGGGAGGACGGGAAAGCCCACGGGCACGGUAUCUGCACCGGGCCCAAGGGGCAGGGCGAGUACGCCGGCUCUUGGUCCCACGGCUUCGAGGUGGCGGGCGGCUACACCUGGCCCAGCGGCAACACCUAUCUGGGCUACUGGGCGCAGGGCAAGCGGCACGGGCUGGGCGUGGAGACGAAGGGCAGGUGGAUGUACCGCGGCGAGUGGUCCCACGGCUUCAAGGGGCGCUACGGCGUGCGGCAGAGCCUCAGCACGCCGGCCCGCUACGAGGGCACCUGGAGCAACGGGCUACAGGACGGAUACGGCGUUGAGACCUACGGGGACGGAGGUACCUACCAGGGGCAGUGGACAGGAGGGAUGCGCCAUGGCUACGGCGUGCGCCAGAGCGUGCCCUAUGGCAUGGCAACUGUGAUUCGCUCCCCGCUCCGCACCUCGCUGGCUUCGCUGCGGAGCGAGCAGAGCAACGGCACUGUUCUGCAUGAUGCCACCUCAGACAGUCCUGCUGGCACCAGGGGAGGCUUUGUGCUCAAUUUCCACAGCGAUGCAGAAGCCCUGGGCAUUAAGAAGAAGGGAGGCUUGUUCCGAAGAGGAUCCCUUCUGGGGAGUAUAAAACUUCGCAAGUCUGAGUCUCGGUCGUCGAUAUCUAGCAAACGGAGCUCCGUCAGGAGUGAUGCUGCUAUGAGUAGGAUUAGUUCUAGUGAUGCCAACUCUACCAUUAGUUUUGGAGAUGGUGACUGUGAUUACUGCCCUGCAGAAGACCACGUUGACGCCACCACAACAGAAGCCUACAUGGGCGAGUGGAAGAACGACAAGCGCAGCGGGUUCGGUAUCAGCGAGCGUUCCAACGGGAUGAAAUACGAAGGCGAGUGGCUCAAUAACAGGAGGCACGGCUAUGGAUGUACCAUGUUUCCAGAUGGCACCAAAGAAGAGGGCAAAUACAAAAAUAACCUUUUGGUCCGUGGGAUAAGGAAGCAGCUUAUACCCAUCCGAAACACAAAAACGAGAGAAAAGGUGGACAGGGCAAUAGAGGGCGCACAGCGAGCAGCUGCCAUGGCGAGAACCAAAGUGGAAAUCGCAACUUCGAGAACUGCUCACGCAAGAGCUAAAGCUGAUGCUGCGGAUCAGGCUGCUCAGGCUGCUCGCCAGGAGUGUGACAUUGCAAGAGCAGUUGCCAGAGAACUUUCACCAAAUUUCUACCAACCAGGCCCUGAUUAUAUCAAACAAAAAUUUCAAGAAGGAAUGGAAGUAAAAGAAAAAUCUGAAGAAAAGGUUCAGGAGAAGCCACCUACCCCAAAAGAGUCACCUCACUUCUAUCGAAAAGGUACUACCCCACCUCGGACCCCAGAAGCAAGUCCAAGGCACAGUCCUCCUCCUUCUUCUGAGUCUUCUCCUUCAAAACAACAGAAAAGGCAAAGCUCCACUUCUGGGGCAAGACUCAAUCAAGACAAAAAGCUCUUAGCCACUGAGAAUAUAACCCCCACGGUUAACAAGCCUUUAUACUCAAAAGCGUCAGCAAAGGAGGAGGUAGCUGUGAAGCAGCAGCCCAAGUUUUCAGCCCAUCACAAUCCCAGCAGCACAGAGAAUGGGGAGCUGCACGGGCACUACCACGGCUACUAUGUCAAAACCAACCCAGCAGGGCUUCCACAGAUGCUCAGGGAAGAAGAUGAAUAUAUCAAGCCCUCCUCAUCAUCACUUGCACGGGUCUCACCCUCUCAGAAGCCAAGCCCCGCGAGGGCUGGGGGUAAGCCAGAUGCCAAAGAAAACAAACCUGACACAAAAGUGAAGAAACCAGAGUUUGCUGUGCCAAAGAACCCAGCUCACAACGAGCCACGCUCAGUGGUGGGAAAGCAAGCACACAACAGCUCGGGUCCUAACUCAGUCCUGAUCGCCCUGGUGAUGCUGUUGAACAUUGGCUUAGCCAUUCUUUUUGUCCAUUUUCUAACUUGAUUUGGAUUAGGAAAGCUAUGUCUGAAUGUGGCUGAAGGCAGUUGUUUAACGGUGUAACUGUUUUGACCCUUCAGUGAAGUCAUCACAACUAGUGGUGUUAGCCCACAGUUCUCUGCAGUUGUGUCAUCAGCCUUUUAAGUGGCACCUGUCGUGCUCAGACACAGGGAAGGAGGCUUGGAAUUGGGAUGGGACGCGAGAGAGACGAAACUUGGAAAAUUCAGCCAAGGGCCCAGCUCAGCUUCUCUGCUUUGGGGUCCUCUGAAAGCUGAAGCAAGCAGCCGUGCUGGAAAGCAACCAAACUGAUCUGCUGAAGCAGCCCCGCCAGCAGAGCGCGUUGGCUUCUCCAUCUGGCCCAGCAGUGCGACUGAAGUGGAAACGCACGGAGCUGCACUUUUGGGUGAUGGAAGCUAACAGCUGCCUUACUAUUUUACUGUCUGAUGUGUGUGGUGGGGAGAUGGGAGGAGGACUGCCAGAGGAAUGUGCUCAGAGGACCCUGUUGCUGUGGAAGCGAUUGCAGCGCCCGCUCCGAUCUCGUUAGAAGAAAUAGUUAGCAGCAGCAGUCACCAGGCUGAUCCCAUUACCUGCUGCUUUUAACAGCUCCUGCGGUGCUCGGGGAGGUCGAGUUUCAUUUGCCUGUGCAUGAUUCUGUUCAGUCCUUGUUGAUGACAUUUGAUGUAUAGCCAUAACGUAGUGUCUAGGCCAGCCUGGAGAGAGCCACCGCUUCUGCCUAGCAGCAGAAGCAGAAAAUGAACUAUCUGAGCCUAAUCUGAAGAUAAAAUUCUUACCAUCACACUCCUGAACCUGCAGAGCCGUUCUGCUUUGGGGUUCAGUGAGGGACACACCAUGACUGUGACAUUUCAAGGUGUUGGAACCCUCCUACCACUGCUCAGAUGCCAAUAGCCAGCAAAAAUUUGCAUAAUAAAGGAGUCAGAAUCUUAAGUCAAUGUCAGCACAUCCUAAAUGAGAGGUGGAAUAUCAGAACAGGCCAAGGGAGAUGAGAUACAAGUUUGUAUGAUGUUGGUUUAUCUUUUUUCCUUUCCUUUCCUUUCCUUUCCUUUCCUUUCCUUUCCUUUCCUUUCCU